AUGAGUGGCUCAAAGGACUGUGAUAACCAGGAGAGGCCCAUUCUGCCUUUUUCUAUUGAAGAGAUCUUAAAAAAAACAUCCACUGAGGCCUGCCUACACAGGACAACAAUCUGCAAUAACCAAGCUGAAGCUGCUCAAAUCCUCAGAACAGAGCCAAUUUUGGAAAUGGCUAAGGUCAUAUUCCCUCAGGAUGCAUCUACUUCUGUUUGUACAGAUGAGAAGAAAGGGAAGCGUAGGAUCAGGACAACAUUCACAGCAGAGCAGCUCCAAGAACUAGAGCGGAUCUUCCAAAUCACACACUACCCAGAUGUCAACAUGCGCAACCAGCUGGCAGCAAAGAUCAAUCUUCCAGAAACCAGGGUCCAGAUCUGGUUCCAGAACCAGCGGGCAAAGUGGAGGAAACAUGAAAGAUUUGGCAAUUUUGGUGGCCUUCAGCAUCUAACUGAGAUUGAUUUUAUCCCAGCCCCAAAGGCAGACAUAACAGGUCCCUGCCUGAUGCCAUGCAGCCUUUAUGGUGUAGAUUCCCCCACAUGGCACUACUCACCAAUCCAGGGACAUUCCACAUCUGCCUGGCUAGCAGACGCAAUGCCCUGUGUCCCACUGCACACAGAUCCGAUGGUGUUCUCGAAGGCUUAUUUUCUCUUCAACUACCUCCCUCCAUACAGCCUCCCGCCUCUGCCCCUGAAGCCAGCAUGGAGACAUAUCUGUGGCAAUUUCACAUAG